AUCUCCCGACGAGCAGUCCUCACUGUUUCAGCCUAUACUUCCCUCCUCUCGACUUCCCCCUCGCAUCCUUCGCUCUCCCUCGACUACGCGCACUUUCUCCACGCAUACACAAACAGAACGGAAGGCGGAUAACUUUGUUACCUGUUUCAGUUUGUUCCCACUGUACUCUACCUUACCUCGCCCGAUAUAUAUAUAUAUAUAUUCCACAGCGGCGCCAGAUAGGUGCUCCGGUCACCUCCGCUUUUUUUUUUUCUCAAUCGGACCUUCUCCCGUGCCAUCCUAUUGUGUCGUGUCAGGGCCAGGGCUUAGUAUGUUUCCAUUCCCUUCGGUGAUAUAAGGGUGGUCUAACGAGUCCCCAUUCCUAGCUUGAAUCACCUGCGACCUCCUUUCCUAACACUGCAGCGAUCUCAUCUAAUCGCCCGAGUUGCCGUUAGUGGUGUCUCCCCAAUACAUCAAUCUCCCUCAUCAGUCGGAUUAUUGACACCACCGGACGCUCAAUUUCCACAAAACAGAUAAUCUAACUUUAAUUCACAGAUUAAAACUAUGGAUUCUAUGUCACGCCGUUCGUCAAGUAGAAUAGCUACUAAAAAGUCUCUUGCGGCUGUUGGCGCAGAGAGGUUAACAACCGCUAACCAAGAUCCUUCUACCGUACCCAACCCCGAGCCCGCUCCCAGCUCUUCCCCUCGGGUUCAAGGAGGGAACAAGAGAAAGGCGGUCUCCGUCUCUUCGCCAACAGCCUCGCAUGGCAAGAAACUAAGGAGGGCCAUCGCAGAUACGGCUGAAUCAAAGGACGUGGCUGUAGAUGCUUCGGAGGUUGUGGUUGUAGAUGCUCCUGAAAUUGUGGCUGCAGACGCUUCUGAAGUUGUGGCUCCGCCUGCUAAUAAUGCAUCUGACGCUGAACCGGAAAGAACAACGGAGAGACAAAUCACUCCCAGCUGUCAGGAGCACCUUGAGAAGCCGUGGGUUCCACCAGUCAUUGAGCGCAGAAACCCGUUGGUGAGCCGGUUUGAGGUACGCACUUUUUUCACCUGAAGAUCAGCAUUUCACAAGCUGACCAUUUGCAGAGUCUCGUCACUCCCGAAAAUUUUGGCUUGCUCACUAACGAGCAAAAAAGUAAACUGUACACCCUCCUGCCAGGAUUUGAUAAAGAGAUUGAUGAUAGCAAAUCUGGCCACCCAAACGGUACGCUGGACUUGGACAUUCUUCCGCCAUUUUGGAAUGACACCCGAUUCCGAACACAGUUGAGUACUAUCGGAGAACGCCUUGAGCAAGGCAAAUAUAGCCAAAAAUUCCGUGACCAGAUUGACUCAAUCAUGCGUCGUCGGGCGGAUGACGAAUUUCGGUUCAUGAAGGACCGUGCCAUGGAGUCCUUCUGGGGACAAAAGAAGGAGGUCAUAAACCCGGCCCUAGCGGGACAAGCAGCGUCCAUCAAACUUACCACUAUGGCCCGACAUCAUGUCAUCAGGGUUAAUGACACCCUUUGCUUGAAACGUCAAUUUGCUGGUUACAGCCUUAUUGAGAAACACGCUAUUGUAUGCCUGUCCCCUUUGAGUCCUAUCCGUUUAUCAUCAACUACUGUAGGGCUAACACCCUCAAUUUACAGGUCACGGCCAUUGAUCAGGCAACUGGUGUUAUGCAAUUAUCCUACCCUCCGGCCCAAAUGAGACGACCUGUCGCUGGUGUCGAGGACAAAACAAUGCAUGAUGUCCAUUCCCCUGGCCAAAUUGAACGCAUCCUUCUCGAAGAAAAUGGCACAGGUCCUGACAAGCCUCCCAAUGGCAAUUCUUUCAAAAAUAUUUUUGUUCUGCGUGGAGGAAAUGAGCUAGGGAGUCUAUUUUUUCUCCGGGCCCAGUUCUUCCUAGUCUACUUGCCGCCAAUCGAAGGGGGCGGCCCCUCAGUAGAAGGAAAGAAGGCUGCUGCAUCCCAUUCACGCAAGGCACCGGAAUCCUCCCGUUUGGCCCAAAGCACAAAGAGCGAGUCACCCCUCAAUGAGACACAUCCCGGUGGUGAACACAUUACCAAAAAGGUGCCGGAGGGGGAAGAGGAAAAGGUUAAAAAGUCGUUAAUCAGAAACUGUUCGCCUGCAAUGGAGCCCUCGAGAAGCAACCAUCGCUCUCCCCUGUCCAAGGCCGCCAAGAACGUAUCUCCAGUUGACGAGACUCGCCCUGGUGACGGACACGAUAUUAAAAAAGGGCCGGAGGAACAAAAGGCACCUGUAACCAGGAAGCGUCGGGCUAUGCGGAAACGCUAGUCUGCUCUUUUCUUACUUUCUGGAGUUACUGUGUUGGAGGGAACGUGUGGGUGCAGGGGGAGGGGGGGGGGCGCAUCUUAUCCGAAUUUUAUAACGAGUGGUUCUGAGUUUUCUCCUUUUACACCCUUUCCCAAUUUCGUGGGUAAUUUUUACUUUUACACUUUUUUGUUUUCCAGGUUGUCCGUGUCGGUCUGGACGGACAGACGGAUCACCCGGUGGAGGGGGGGAUGAAAAGAAAAAAAAAAAACUCCUUUUGAUCCCGCAUACGCGAUAUUCUCAUCUCGGGCACAUCUUGCUAUCUACAUCCCGUUUCGCGUUGUCAAUUAUCGAUCAUAUCCCUUGGUUUCGCUAUUGUUAACUACUCACUCCUCCUUUGCUCAGCUCUGGAGAGAAAGAAAAUUGAAAACAGAGGGAAUAAUACCAGCUCCUAGGUCCGGCGCUGCCUUAAUCACUGGCUGGUUAUAUCUGUUUGUUGUUCAGGUGGUAUGCCGAGGUGUAAUGUUUUACCUUUUUCUUUCUCGCUUCCAUUUUCACUUUCAUUCUCACUUUCAUUUUCACAUUUUCACAGAAAGGGUUCCAUUCACACAUGCGUUUUGUUUCGUUGGUUAGCUGGGGAUUUGCUUACAUUUUUUUUGUUCCACCUCUCAAGUUACAUACCAGUAGUAUGUCUAUUUGCUUUUUUCCCUCUCCCCCCGUUCUGCUAUGGGAAUGGCUUGGAUGUAUGGAGUGUGUUAUCAUACAGCUUUGGUCCAGUCCUGUUUUGUCUUGUUUCUGUUUUUAGCUUAAAAAUAUCUUUUCUUUCCCUCCCCCCCGUUUCUUUUCCCGGUUUUUCAUAGGUUUGGUCUUCUUUACUUUUUCUUUUUCUUUCCAAGUGAUAAUAUUAGCGUGAGCGUGGAUACCAUAGUAAUGUCACGUCCCCACUGGUAGAAACCCAAACCCACUGUAGUAUUGGUUGGACACCUUGUCCAAGUAUGAUAGUGUGUUCAGUGAUGGGUACAUAGGUUAUCACUCGGUAUGUGAUAUGUCAUCAGAUAUGGUUUUGCAAAAUACCUGUAGCUUGUGAUGGAUGACUUAGGUCUUCAGCUAAAUUACGAGAUAAGUAUCAUAGAUUUUUUUUCUUUUUUCUCUCCUCCUCCUCUUUUCUCGUUUCGAAAUGAAUAGAGUAUAAAAAAUGGGUAC